UUGAACUUUCUCUUCCUAUUAGACAAGUCUGACAAAAAUCUGAGUAUACUUACUAUACUCACUUGUGUCCACAAGAUGGAGCCAUUGCUAUAGGAGUCAAAUAGGGAUUUGAUUUCUGAAACCAAUUGUAAGAUGAUUGUAUAAACACCUAUUUACCAGAAAAACUAAAGAGGCGUGUAAAGGGGCGUGUUCUCAUACACAUGCUGGGAACUCUGACAGUAUAACUCUGACAGACUAGUUUCAUUUUGGUCAUUGCAUCAACAUGACUGGUAGAGGUAGACCACACAAGGCAAAGAGUCCAGACACUAAAUGUGCCAAGGGUAAAACUAGACCUGAGGAAGUGAAACAAGUGCCUCCGCCCAGAUGUCCAGGGAAAUCCUUUACAGAAGAGAAGCAGAAUGGCACCAUAAAGGAACAGAAACCAAAGGUGCAGAAAAAGACCAGCCACACUGAGGACAAGCCAUCUGUACAGAGAACCCGAAAAGUAGAAGCCACAGAAAAUUUCACAGAGAUCAGCAAGCAACAAAGUACAACGACAGACCACAUAAAGGCUCCGGUACAACACGUAAAGGCAAAGAAAUGUGUUGGGAAGGCCAAAUCCCUAGAGAAGGUUUCAGAAGAGAUGACAAAGGUGCAGCCAGAGGCCACAAAGGAAGCCACAAAGGCUUCUGUAAAGACCACCAAAGCAAAAACAAGCGAUUGCAAAACCAAACCACCAGGAAAAAUCACAGAAACAAAGACACAGCCGGAGACGCCGAAGGACACAACAAACGCAGACUCCAUCCUCUACACAACUCUGGAAAAAUUGAAGAUUAAAAGAGAUGAAAGGUCAGAUGCAGCAGAGGUCAUCAAUAAGAUAGUGAAAUGUAUAAUUGCACAUUUGAAACAGAACACUAUUUGCUUCAAAGAAGUAGGAGAACCACUACGAACUGGAAGUUACUAUGAAAAUCUAAAGAUUUCUAAUCCUGAUGAAUUUGAUGUCAUGCUACCCAUGCCUGUUGACCGAGUGAACAUUAAUCCAUUCGGGGAAAAUGGAGCCUUUUACAGUGUGGAAUUAAAACGUGGCAAAAGUCCUCUGCAGAAGUUUCAAGAAACCAGCAUUUUAUCUGCCAGUAAAAUGCUCGAGGAGUUCAGGGAAGAAGUGAAGAAAUGUGUCAAGCCAUUUGAAGAAUGGGCGGUGGAAAGAAAGAAGAGAGGCUGCCCUGCAGUGACCCUGAUCACAGAAGUACAAUCUGUCACCAUUUCACUGGACAUCGUUCUCAGCAUCAUGGUGAAAUCAAGCUGGCCACUUUUCACCAAAGAUGGCAUAAAAAUAGAGGACUGGCUGGGCACUAAAGUAAAGCAGGGUUUCAAGCGAAUGCCUUAUUAUCUUGUCCCCAAAUAUGAAGGCAAGGGCACGGUGGAAAAUGAAGGGGUCCUCGCCAAGGAUGUUUGGCGGGUUUCAUUCUCUCAUGUUGAGAAGGCCAUACUGAAGAAUCACGGAUCUGAGAAGACGUGCUGUGAGACAGGCGGAGCACGCUGCUGCAGGAAGGACUGUCUGAAGCUCCUGAAGCAUCUUCUCAGUCUGCUGAAGAAAAAGGACUCUUCGUUUGACAAGUUCUGCUCUUACCAUGCCAAGACCACGCUCUUACAUGCCUGCUGCUCCAGAACUAAAGACACCGAUUGGCCGGCCUCGAACCUGAGCCAGUGUUUUCGGCUGCUUCUGAAGGACUUUGUAACCUAUCUGGAAGGAGGUGUGCUCAAUAACUUCUUCAUCCCAACUCAGAACCUGCUCUCCGGCCCGGACCAGAAGAAGUGCAAUAAUCUGGCUCGUCGUAUCAGGGAGGAAUGUGACACAGGCUUUCCUAUUUUCAAGUGACAACCUCACAAAAACAUGAAUUGUUCAGCUUUAUAGUGUUUGAAGUAAGAACUGGGUAACUUAAUACAGGGUAAAAGGAGGAUAGUGUAAUUUAAAUGGUAUUCCUGUAAUACAGUUUCAUUAUCCCACAUUUGUGUUUACAUCACAUCUAGUUAUUUUUGUUUUGUUUUGUUUGGUAUUAUGUUUUCAUAGCUGCUUGUAGUUUAGUUUAGGGUUUCAUCUAUUGACGAAAGUGUUUGAUCUCAAUUCAAACCAUAUUUAUUCACAUUUGUAUUGACCAACAUCUUCCUCGUUGUUAGUCUUUCGGUUCAUUUAGUAAAAAAUACAUUUAAUGAAAUCUUGUAAAAAUGAAACACAAAAGUAUGGUUUACAUUUUGUACUGUCAAUUGUUAAAAAAAAUGUUAUUGUGUUGUUUGCUUUUUAUUCCAAGUUGCUUAAGUUAAAUAAACUC